GAUUGAAUUUAUUUCCCCUGAAUGAGUUUUAAUGUGUUUAGCUCUGUAUUUCUGGAUUUUUUCAUCCAACUCAAAAUCCGAAACCUCUGAGGCUAGGAGGUUAUUUUUGCCUUGUAGUAGAUGAGAGAUUAGAACGGGAAUUCAUAAUGAGGUGGGAAACCUCUGAUAUUGUGCUGGAUCAUCUUAAAUAUUAGCUUCAGAGUCUUAUUCAUCCUCAAUAUGGCUCUCUAAUUAUCUAUUUCCUUCAGGGAAGAAGUUUUUGGAUAAUUAAAUUAUUUAUCUAAAAUUUAAAUGGCCAAUGGAGGUGAUUAACCUGGCUGAAUUAAAGCAUUAAAGUGAUCAAACCUCCUUGAGAUAAAGCCCAGGAAUAAUGAACUAGCUUAACUUAGUGCCCUAUAUAUAUUUCCGUGUUGAUAAUGCUUUUUAGCGAUAUUAAAUCGAUCGAUUUCUUACAACCAAGAUAUGUUCAUUUCUUUACAAAUUCUUCCUGACAAACUUUGAUAAAGAAGGUUGAGCCAAACACAGUAGAGACAUAUUUGAAAAAAUGUAAUUCUCGCUUAUUGCAAUCUAGUAAGCUCGUAUAUAUCCUCUUCUUCAUGAUCAUCUUAGCUUCAUGACGAGGUUGUCAGAUUUCCUGGUUUGUUUGCUGACUUGUUAAUUAGGAUUUUACAAUCAUUUCUACUGCCAACUCCAGUAAGUCUUCCAGGAAUAAUGGGAUGAUUGCUACUCGAUUAAAUGCUUGGUAUGCUAGUCUUAUUGCUGAAAUAGUUUUUAGAAACUCUCCUUUUCAGUAUUUCAUAAAAUCAUCCGAUGUUUUGGAAAUCUUUCGAAGGAAAUGGUAGAACAAAACAAAUGCAAUAAAAGAACUUGGCUUAUGAUCGAAUGACUGGUUUUUUGUAGGAUCAACAGAACUCUAUUUAUUAGAUUAUUCUCCCAUUUAUCUUGCGAAACUGUCUGAGUUUUUCAUCUGGUGAAGUCGAUCUUCUUUAUAGGAAACUUAUCAGAACCGAUUUUAAACCAACUCUUUAUCUUCCAAAUAAGUUUGAAUAAUAAUGAGAGGUGCUGGAAUUAAUAUGAAACUGUCAAGCCAGUCUUUCAGAAGAGAAUACAUUCAAUAUUAACAAGGUUUACAUGCCAGAUA